AUGCAGCAAGAUUGAUUAAUUAUUUGCUUAUUAGACCAAACACAACCAUGUAAACUUAAUUCAAGUUAGAAUAGGAAUAAAAACUAUUCAAAUUGGAACUGUGUGGGUUUUUUUUACCUCACAGCAUGUAAGUUUCUGUUAAAGCUAUUUUGACUUAAAACAUUUGCAACCAAUGUGAUGACUUGAUUGGGGCACAAACAGGAUUCUUCUAUGAGUGCAAACAAUGCAGUGCUAUUCUGCACACUUCAAAGUUUAUUUGAUCCUGUUGACCUGUUGAACAUGAUCAUUGACUGAGGGAUUCCUGCUUUAGGCACAUAUGCUAAAAAUGUUUACCUCUCAUGCUAUUUAAAGCACUUUUGAUGAGAGUUUCCACCAAGUGGUUUAUAUUGUUAAUGACAGAGACGUUCAUACACAUUCCUUUCCAACUGAAAACCUGCUGCCUCUUUACAACAGAAUGCUACCAUAACACCUGUUGUAUGUUGACCAGGUUUGAUGGCACGCUCUUUUCCCCAGAGCUAUAUUGUCAAGCAUAAUUUAUAUAAGUUAUGUAACUUCCCAUUAUGCAUUCAUCUCUUUUGAACAAACAUUUCUGUUUGUGUUGUGUUGAACACAGUUGUUUCUCAGAGCCUUUUAUAACUGGAGCUCACAGCAAUGACAACAUGUAUUAAGGUUGUAAGCAGAAAAAACGAUCAGUUAAUUAAGUUGUUUUUGUGUUCCUUCUCCUUCAAAAUGUUUAAUAGUUUUUAAAUCAUUGCUUCUUCAGCAGUCGCCUAAUUGAUAUAGCAAUUAUGGAAAAAUGAUGGAGAAAUCUAGAAUGAUUUUUUAAAUGUCUUUUGGAAUGGCAGGAAAUAAAACAGAUCAACAUCUUUCUAUAAUCAUAACCUUGCCUACCCACCCAACCAGCCACCACUCAGCUCUGAGGAGUACACACCACCUGUUGUAGCGAUGUCUAUUACCACUGAAUGUCUGUCAUUGUCUUUAUUGAGACAGACAAGUUCCUCUGGAAUGGAAUGAAGUUUCUUCAUUCCCUGAGGCACAACUCUUUUUGAGUCAAGCCCAACACGUGUGGAGUUAAGAGGCAGAUACUGUACUGCACACACAGUGUGUUUGGCCACAUGUGCAUAUAGGCUUCCACUUUAUUCAUAGCUUAAAAAUAUGUAUGCAUAUACAGAUAUAUGCACAAGGUUUUCAGGUUGCACAGACACAGCCAUUUGCUUUUUGUCAUCAGUGAGUCAUCAAAUUUGAUUUAACGUCUAACUUGGUUUAUUACAUGAAGUGACAUGUUUGCCUAGUUGUUAAAGAAAAGCAUUAGGACCCUGAUCUAUCCUUGAGCAAGACACAGAUCCCCUACCUUCUCACUGCUUAAAGGUCUUUGGAUAAGAUUGUUGGCUUAGUGUUUGAGUAUUAAAAUAUGUAAAGAUUUCACUAAUGGUCAAUUUAGUCAUUACAAACUGGACAAGUUGGGUAUCUUCCAAUGGACCUAGUGCAUAAAAAUGGCAGCUGUAUUGAAUCCUAAUUAAUGGUCCCAUAGAGAGGAAAAUCAACAAGCACUUAUGGACAUGGUUAGGCAUUCCCCCAAGCUUUUCCUCUGUGGGUCUCUACAUUAGAUCAGGCCAGCUACAGUGGUGGAAGAAAUUAAGGUGGCAAAGUGUAGAGCUCUGCUAGCAUGAAGAGACUUAAAGCAUCCAUGUGUGUGCCAAGCUGGAGUUACAACAAUAUCAGGCCACAAAUGGGUGGCUAAUGCAGCCAUAAACCAGGCAACAAGCCCUCUGAAGCUGCGCAACAUCAUCGGCAUUCAGUGCUCUAGAAGGCAAGGUCUUGGCUUGGUGCACAUUAAGUAGUUGGAGAAAGAUAGCACAAGGGACAGGUGCACCAAGGUCUAGGAAGACGUGAGGAACUUCGAGGAGGAAUCAAGGAGAUCAAAAGCUGUUGAGCUAGGCAUGCAGGGGUCCUGUACUAAGUGGGACCUACCCAAGAGGAUGGUAACAUGGGAAGAGUUGUGGAGAUUAGAACCUUUCCGCAUCUCAUUCCUACUGUGGUCAGUAAUGCCACUCCUUCUCCAGCAUGCUUGCACACAUGGGGGGCUGAUGGAGGGACCCCAGCUGUAAACUUUGCAGCAGCAAGGGGACUCUAGCGCACAUACUGAGAGAGUGCAAAACAGCUCUAACCCAAGGCCAGUAUAGAUUGGUGCCAUGACAUAAGCUUGCUGUUCUUAGCUGAUACAUUGGAGCAGCAGAGGCAGAUAAAGCGGCUAGUGAACUCAGAGGUAAUUAGACCUGUCUCCUUUGUUGAGAAGGGAACCAAGCCAGAAACGUCCCACAGGCAUAAACCCUCCAUACUGCAAAUGGCAAAUUCUGAAGAUGAAGGUUAAUGUUGGAUGGGAGCUGCAGUUUCCAGAUGUGGUCCCAUACCUCUCCACAUCCCAGAAUUGUGUUGUGGUCUCCAGAAGACAAGAAUAUAAUCCUGGUGGAAUUUACAGUGCCAUGGGAGGAGGGUUGUCAAGAGGCACAUGAGAGGAAAGCCUCAAAAUAUCAACCUCUAGUGCAGGACUACAGAGGCAAAAAUUGAAAAUAGAGAGUUGCUGAACAUUGUUAGAACCUGGAUUGUAGAUUAUGUAGCUUCCUGGCUAUGAUAUAAGUCUAAAUAUUGUAGACCAUCCUCAUCAGCUUCUCCUUGAAGGGAAGAGGGAAAUCAUGUUUUUCACAAUCCAAUAGAUGACAGGGAUAGAAGAGGAACAAUUAAUGCUAUUCACCAUUUCACAUUCACAGAGAUGAAGUUAACUAUUAUAAACUAAUAAAGAUGAACAAUAUUGUACUAACAUGAUGGUCAGGAAGCUGUGAAUGACCUUGCUGCAGCAAUGAAGAAGUGUAGUCCAGGGUGUGGUCAGUACAAAGUGACAUCACUAUUGGGUGUGGUACAGGGUUACACAUCACACUUCUGACAACAACCAACUAUCCCCCUAAGUGAUAACAGACUACUUUCAACCAGAGAGGGUGGUGAAACACUGCAUUUCAGCCUUGUGUUAAGUAACACAUUAAUAUCUGAAAUAAACUGAGCUAAACUAACACUCAAGUUUUUUACCACAGGAAAGUAACCCAUGCUACUUGAGAGUGAUAACUGCCCUGCUGCAGUAAACCCCGCCAAUCUGGUAGUCAAAGAAAAUUAAAACAAACUCCUAUUUAAAAUAAUUUGAAAUGCUGCUAUGCUGUUUGUAACCCACACCAGCAGGACCUGUUAGCCACCUAAGCGAGCCUGAUGUGGUGGGUAUUAUAUGAUGGUGUUUGAGUGUGUGAAUGCUGCACCCGUUGACUACCAUAUCAACCUUUGUAUAUCCUGACCCUACAAAUUAAACCUUCAAGUUUCGACAACCUCCCACCCUCUACCCCCUUAUCCCUUUUCACCAAAUCCUCUUCCCUCUCUUCCAAUUGGUUGGCUGCCCGACUGGGACUUCCCUCCCUCCCUGUGAGUGUGUCGCGUCGUCCAGUGACAGUCCUCCCAUAAAUAGGCUAGCCACACUGGUAUGCGCUCGUACAUUUACAAGCAGAGCUCUGUGAUUGGCUCGCAGGCAGAGCACACUGGGAUGCGGACGUAUUACUUCAGCUCUGACACCCAGGAGGACAUGAACACCUGGCUGAGGGCCAUGAACCAGGCCACACUGAUGCAGAACCACACCGACACGCUCAUCAGACCAUCUGACAAGUUAGAGAAGUUGAACUUGUUUCAGCAGCAUGCUGUCCCGCAGACGAACCACGUAAACCAGCACAAGACCAAGGCCCCAGCCUCUGAGACCACAAGACCCAUCAUCCACGAGGUUCUCCUGGAGCCCAUACACCGGGACUCAGACGAACGGUGCAGCUUCCACAAAGAAUCUCCUUCCACCACCUUGUUGCAGCACCCCAUAGGAAGUACAGCCCUGGAGAUGGACACACACACCUCCCUCCCCUCCAACCCUGCACCCUCUGCCCUCCCACAGUCAGACCACGUGUCGGCCUCAGCGCCCGUGUCUAGGGUUCCAUCCCGGGCACCAUCACGAGCCGCCUCGACACUGCCCUCCAGCAUUUGCACGCGGAACGGCCUCGUCUCCACGCCCAGCCCCAUCCUGGAGCCCAACGGGAUCGCAGCAGGGACAUACCAGAGGGCCCCAGCGCCACCCCCUGCUGACACUCAUAAGCAGGUGCAGAGGAGAAGUGCUCUGGAGCAAGUGGAGCAGUGGGUCCAAGUGCAGAAGGCUGAGCACAAAGGCCCCCCAUCCAGAGAGAACACCCUGCCUCGUCGCACACCACCGACCCAGCACAAGUUCACCUCCAUGGACGCAUACCAGACCCUGCCAAAGACUCCUCGCCAGAGCCCCCUGCCGGCUCGACUUGGCGAGUACAAGUACGCCCAGGACCGCCUCAGUCACUUCCGCCUCACUCCUGAGCAGGGAGGCCCAGGGUCCAACACGGUCUGGCAGCUAUACGAGUGGCAGCAGCGCCACCAGUUCCGUCAUGGCAGCCCCACAGCGCCACUCUACACUCCGGCCCCGGAGUACCCAUUUGGUCCCCGCCCUCCAUCCACUGUGCCUCCCUCCUCCUCAGCACCCAGGUCCGAAGGGCCGCCCCGCUGUGUGUCAGUGCCACCUUCAUCUGCAGACAUCCCUCCACCAGGGCCUCCCCCCGACACCAGCCGAACCCUGUCGCCCACACGGAGGCCGCACACACCAGCUGAACGGGUGACAGUCAGGCCCGUGGGUGAUAGGUCAGUGGUGGACAUCCCCUUCACUGUUUCCCCCCGCAGGACCAAAUCUCAGCUGCUCAAGGCUGCUACUCUCGAAAGACGGUCAAUGCAUCCAUCUGGUUACAUCACACACACAGUCAGUGCACCCAGCCUUCAUGGCAAAACGCCCGAGGAGCUCACCCUGUUCCUCAUUCAGCUGCGCCGGCAUCAGGCCAAGAUGGCCUCUGCACGUCAGCACACGUUAGCCCAGCUCCAGCGGCUCAACGGUCCCAAAGAUCCCUACCACCACAACCACCUCCUCACUACUACCACCAGUAGCACCAGCCCUCUCCUCAGCUCUGGCCCUUCUCCUGUGUCCCAUCUUGGACAUGUGGGGCUCUCGGCUCCCCUGGGCCCUUGCAACACCCAGGUUGAUGACACCUAUAUGCAGCUGAAGAAGGACUUGGAGUAUCUGGACCUAAAGGUAGCUGGAAGUCAGAUGCUGAAGGAGUCAGGGAAACCUGUCAAGGUUGCAGAAAGUGACGUGGAUGUGAAGUUAAGUCGGUUGUGUGAGCAGGACAACAUCCUCAAGGAUCUUGAGGCAAGGAUCAGCUCCCUGAAGGAGGACAAGGACAAGCUGGAGAGUGUACUGGAUCUGUCCCACCAACAGAUGGAACAGUACCAGGAGCAGCCGGCCCACGCCCACAAGAUCGCCUACCAGCAGAGGCUGCUGCAGGAAGAUCUGGUCACCAUUAGGGCCCAAAUAUCACGCCUCUCCACGGAGAUGGCACAAGCCUGGGAGGAGUACAGUAAGCUGGAGAGAUCAGUGGAGCAGUUGAGGACGGCGCUGCAGGCACACAUGAACCACAGCGCCACCCAUCAGCAAGAGAAAGCUGAGAUGAAGCGUGAACUGUGGAGGAUUGAGGACGUGAUGGCGGGACUGAGUGGCAGCAAAGCCAACUACAAGAUCACCAUUGACUCUGUCCAGAACCCAGAGAGGAAAUUAGUGCCUUCGGUGUCAGACCCGGCAGUGCCUUCUCAUAGCACAGAGAUCCAGCCUCCUCCUCGCAGCUCCAUCCCCACCAUCUUCUCCCACACUUUGCCUCACAGCACCGUGCCAAAGUGGGCAGAGGACACCGCCCCACCCAGGCCACCACUUCCUCGCCUCUACGACUACGAGGAGACGCCACCUGUGGUGCCGCCUCUCCCCAAAGAGGCCUCGGUCAUCCGCCACACAUCGGUGCGUGGGCUGAAACGCCAAUCAGAUGAGAGGAAGAAGGACAGGGAGAGCGGGCAGUAUGUUGUCAAUGGAGACUGUAAGACUGACUUGCGGCCAUACCUGAGUGAACCAGAGCUGCCAGGAAUUAGCUACCACAGCACCGGGUCUGACAUUGACCAGUAUUUCCAGAGCAAAGGUCUGUCAGGCUCCUCAUCUCGACAGAACCAGUCAAACUCUAUCUCAUCCUACGUCACCCUAAGGAGAGGCCCCGGGAGCUCUGUAGCCAGGGAGAGACCCAAGAGUGCCUUGGAGCGUCUGUCGUCGCCUACAGAAGCCCUGCAGCUCCCAAACAGCCAGUCUCGAGGGCGAAUGACGGCGGAGGAGCAGCUGGAGCGGAUGAAGCGCCACCAGAAGGCGCUAGUUCGCGAGCGCAAGAGGAAUCUCAGCCAGGGCGAGCGCUCCUCCACGGGCAUUUCCACCUCCACUGUCACCACCCAGCGCUCCUCCUCCUCCUCCAGGCUGCCCUCCAGCACCUCUGAUCCUUCGGCCUCCGUGUUUGAUUGGCAGGAGGAGCGACUUGGGGCAGAGGGGCAGAGUGACGAAGGGUGGAAUCAAGUCAAAGAGAGAGGGAGGAUCCAAUCAGAUGAGUGGGUGACGGCCACGGCCACACGCAUACGAGAGGUGGAUGUGGAGCCUCUCGAUUAUGACCUGGAUAUCAGCCGAGAGCUGUCCAAACCGCAAAAAGUUCCCAUCCCAGAGCGCUACAUAGAGUCGGACUCUGAGGAGCCUCUGAGUCCAGAGGAGCUGGAGGAACGCUCCCGCCGGGCCAGGCGCAUCAAGAACCUCCUGGCCAAAUCCAGCGUUCAGAACAUACAUCCGUCUGCACCACUGGACUUCAGUGAGCUGGACUCAGCUCUACAGCAGCAGGAGAGGAUCAUGAACGUGUCCCACGCUCUGGCCUCCGAGGCUUCACGCAAGAGCAAACUGGUCGCAGGGACUGAGAGGCUGGCGAGUCGGUGAGCAUGUCUGGUUCAGCCAAAGCUGCUGCAGAGCACUGACCCAUGAGAACAACCAACACAAGAAAACAGAAGGGAUUCUUUGUGAAGGCAGUGUGAAGGGAAGGAUCUAAUCAUUUUUGAGCAGUUGCCAACUAAUUGAUUCACUUGUAAUAAUUUUUGUAUUUAUGAGUGAGAACAAGACAUGUUUUUUUUUUAAGAGUUUUGAUUCAUAGUUUUGAAAUAUAAUCACAUUUUCUUGCUUCUGCACUUACAUUACAAGUAAGAAUAAUAUAUAACACGAGUCAAUUGCUUUUUUAAAAUCUGCAAUUGUUUUGCUGUUUGGCCUGUAUUUUUACGAGUGAAUAAAAGAAGAGUGAAAUGCUCAGAUUACAGUAGGAAUGUUUUGACAUGAAUCGUUUAUUUAUUACAUUGUUUGGCUUGACAUGCUUGUUCAACUUCUACUGUAUAUUUUCUAAACUCUGUCACCCAAUGAUCACAGUCCUGUCAAUCAACUCAAAUGCAUUAGAAUAUAAUAUGAAUAAUAAUUAAAACACAUGAAAAAAGUAAAGCCAUCACAGAAAAUAAACAUUAGAUAAAACAA